AUGGGGAUAGGACGCUUCUACCGGUGGCUUUCCGAGCGCUAUCCGCUCAUAAACGAGAAGAUUGAUGCUUCGUCCAUCCCUGCUUUCGACAACUUGUACUUGGAUAUGAAUGGAAUUUUGCACAACUGCAGUGGCAUGCUGCAUGCGAAUGAGAACUUGAUGUGGCAGUCAGUCUUUUCAGCUUUGGAUCUAGUUAUAUCCACCAUAUCCCCACGCAAGCUGCUCUAUCUCGCGGCUGAUGGAGUGGCUCCUCGUGCUAAGAUGAAUCAGCAGCGAGCCCGUCGGUACAGGGCAGCUAAGAGUGCAGCGGAAGCGGCUGCAGCAGAAGAGAAUCUGCGGCGUGCAGACGCAAUGUCAGACGCGAAGGGUCAGGGAGCUGGUUCAUGCUCGGCUAGGAAGGCAGCUCACACCGUAAAGGGAUUUGACAGUAACUGCAUUUCUCCUGGAACAGAGUUCAUGGCCUCUUUCUUUCGCCAUCUUCGAUUUUUUUGUGAGAAGAAGCUCAACGAAGAUCAGCGGUGGCGUGGGCUGAAAGUUUUGCUGUCAGGUCCUGAUGUUCCUGGGGAGGGAGAGCACAAAAUAAUGGCCUACCUUCGGUGCUGCAAGGCGGCAGGCAAUGCAGAUCCCAAUACAAGGCACUGCCUGUAUGGCCUCGACGCCGAUCUAAUAAUGUUGUCCCUUGCGUCUCACGAGCCGCAGUUCGCAUUGUUAAGGGAGGAAGUCAUCUUUGGUCGCCAAACUACUGUCGAUGCAGCAGACAGAAUGCUGUAUAAUCCCGAGAAGCUCCAGCUCUUGCAUAUCUCGUUGCUGCGGGAGUACUUGGUGAUUGAUCUUCUGCCCGAGAAGGUGGCUUAUAGUCUACACCAGCGGCAGCUGCAGGCCUCUACGCAGCAGCGGCAAGUCUCAGAAAACGUGUCAUCGAGCACAAGCAAUGGAUCCGAUGCGGUGUCUCUGCCGCCAAAUCAGAAACUAGAAACGCGGAUACACCCCAACAUCGAGACGAUGCUCUCUCUCGCGAGCGAGAGGGAGCGCGUCAUUGAUGACUUUGUCAUUUUCUGCUUUCUGGCGGGGAACGAUUUUUUGCCGCAUACGUUCUCAACAGAUAUCGGAGAGAAAGGCCUUGACACCAUGAUUGCCUGUUACCGCAGGUUUCUUGCCGAGUAUCGCGUCUUGGCAGCUCCUUUGACGAGCGUUACUCCCGACGAUGGGCCAUGGCUUGUGAGGCGAUGCGGCCAGCUGAAUCUCUUGAACUUGUACAUUUUCCUCAACCUAUUUGUGUCUACGGUAGAAGACCCCAAGGUUGAAGGGAAGGCGUCAGACAUGCAGUGGCUAAGGCAGAAGAGGGGGGGCAGAGAGCUGGAAGAGGAGAUGGAGCUGUAUGCCUCGUGUGGAGAUGCAAGCGCAGCGUUUCGUGCUCGAUUUUAUCAGCGAAAGCUGAAUUUCGCAGUCUUUAAGCCUGAGGGGCAGGCGAAGCUGCAGCAUCUGUGCCAGAGUUACCUAGAAGGUCUUCAGUGGGUUGCGUAUUAUUACUUUCGUGGCUGCGACGGAAGCGGAUGGAGGUGGUAUUACCCAUACCACUAUGCACCGUUCAUGCACGACGUCCUCCGAUGCUCCGUCUUUAACCCCAGUGGUGUAUACGGCGAGGUGUAUAGCAGCAGCAGCGCGACUUGUGGCUUCCCCGAGAGAGUCGCGGAGGCAGCUGAGUUCGAUCGCGCUUAUCUUGUGAACCGAACAAUUUCGCUGCCAGACGGUUCGCCCUACUCGCCCUUCAUGCAGCUGCUCUCCAUCUUACCUCCGCAAUCAGCAAAUCUGCUGCCAGAAGAACUGCGGCCCCUUCUAUUGAAUCCUCCAGCGGAACUCGCGCAUGCGUUUCCUCGAGACUUCGAGAUCGAUAUGGAAGGGGUCAAAGUUCCUUGGGGGGGCGUCACGCUACUGCCCUUUGUGGACGAGGCUACGCUUGAGCGCAUAGUUCUUCCGUUGCUUAGACGGCUUCGACCGGAUGUCUUGAGACGCAAUAUUGUUGGCCGUGUGGUUCUGCUGAUGCGGGAUGAGACAUCUAGCGUAAAGCAGGGUCGUCGCUUUAAUAAUGCCGUAACUUCACUGGCGUCUGCAGAUGCGGUGUAUGACUGCGAAUGUUUCUUCUUCAAGCACAAAGUAAUCAGUAGAAGCCUCGACAUUUUGGUAGACGUUCCCAGUGUCUUGGCACAGGUGCAAGGGUGUUGCACGGAGGCUGACAGCGAGGGCUUCUCCUCGGAAGCCGAGGCAGCAUCGUCUCAUAAUUCUGUCUUCCCGUCUUCACUGCCAUCGAUCUUUCCCGACGUGCUCAAUAGCUGUGUGCUCGAGGAGGAGGUGCUUGUGCUACCGCCCCCCUUCGUUGCGCGAUUAGAUGAGCGCAAGGCGCACAGCCUCCUCACGCUGCUAAGCCUCAGCCACACUGAUUGCUCUGAUUAUUCCAGAUGCAACCCUAGAGAGGCAGCAGACGCACAUGUCGCUCAGAUCUGCUCCUUCCUCAAGACGCAAGGGGCCGUCCUACUACCAUCCGAGAAAAGGAAAUCUGACAAGGCUGCUCUUCCACAGCUGCCUUCGCCAGAUAUGCAUCCCCAAGACACUGAGCUUCUCUUUCCAACGAUGCCACUUCCAGGGGCCUCCCCCGAUGCGGCUGCCCUCACGCCUUCCCUCUAUGCUCUUUGCUUCGCCUGGCACUAUGGGAGCGGCGUGAAAGUCUUUCGCCGCGAAUCUGCCAAUCAGUCUGUGGUGAUGAGCACGAUGCCCUUCCCUCGCCAGCAGCUGCAACAGCGAUCCGCAAGAACGCUCAUCGACCUGCUGCAGCCUGAGGCUGCGCUGCUAAAGCUCCUUGACUCCAAAUUCGUCCUCUACGAUUUCCCCUUCGUUAAACUCGCUUCGCCAGUCGCCAUUUGGCUUCCUACGAUUUACUAUCCUUUGGAGGAGCGUCCUCGUGGAGAGCGGAGCUCUGAGGUGCCUUGCGCACCCACAGAGCAGCUGCAGGCUGUAGAGACGGAGAAGCGGCGUCUGCAGCUGCAAGGCAUUGCAGUGGCAGACGAACUGGAGGCCUUUAGCUUUUUCGAGCAGCAUGCAACCCGCGCACAGUGGCGUUCGCAGGCAGCAGCGGCAAUGGCAAGGAAUAAAGCAGCAGAAGAGCAACCACGAACAGCAGUAGCGACGUACUGGCACCCCGAUCAGCAGAUUCUGGGGGGGAGCCACACAGACGAAGCAGAAGCCAGGUCCAAGGAAGCAGGGGGAGCAGCAGCUGCCCAGCAGCCCCCUACCGAAGUGCAACUUCAGCAACUCGCCAUGGCCUUAACGCGAGCACUUCCUGGUACCCAGCAGCAGCAAAUGGCGAGAGAAUGUCAUCCCUCAACUGCCCUCUCAACCGUCCUCGUCGAGCUGCUGCCGGUAGAAGACGUCGUUCUCGAGGAGAGGCUUGUGGGGGCAGCCGAGCAGCUAGCGAGAGAAGGCUGCAGUUCUGGGAGCGAGAGGCUUGCUGCUGCUCGCCUCGACGCGAAGACGACUCCCUGCGCACACUUUCGGUACAGCGCACAGACGGUGUAUCGUCUGCUGCCGCUGAUUGCACAGCCCUCCAAAGCUCUCGUUGAGAGCCUUCAGCAGUGUCACCAGGAAGUGUUAGAGGCCGUCGCAGCGCACAAAACGCACCGCUGGCGCGUCGGAGAAGACGUGUUAUGCAUCUUCUCCAGCGCAGCUAAGCUAGCCGGCUAUCGGCUGCUUCGGGGAGUCACGGGAGUGCUUGCAGACCCUCCCGACGAGGAGGGAAAAAAGCCGCUCUCCGUUCACGUUGCUGCCGCGAGGCGGGGAGAGACUCCCGACUUCCAGCGCAGCCUUCAGGAUGCAUGCAAGGCCAUCUGCGCUGCCACGCGAGUGCGUUCUCCCUCUUCCGCCUUCUGCUUUUCUCGCUGCGUUUGCAUCGCUCUCAGUGCGAGACGUUUCGUAGAGGCACGUCCUCCUGAAAGCCUUGCUGCAACAUGGUUAAAAGACGAGGCGGAAAUGCAUACUCUGGAACAAGCCGCAGCUCUCAUGGGUGUAACGCCCUUCGCCGCGUAUUGCAUCUUCUCCUCUGUCUUCGUGAAGGAAGGCGACAAUCUCUACGACUGCGGCUUGCACACGAUUAUUUUUGUGGAAGAAACGCGAGCGCCUGCAUUUGUGUUGGCGUAUUCGCUGCCCUGGCCACGUCCUGCUAUCCGAGCUCGAUGCAACACGCAUCUCUUCACGGCGAAGACAGUCGAACUUGGGAAGCAGCUUCUGGAUGCCUUUCCGGCGCUGAGAAACGCCCUAGACGCGGCUAGCGUUAACGCGAAAAAUUUGUCCUCAAGGUGUCAUUUAAAGGCCUCCAGUGUGUUCGCGGGAUCGGGCGAUCCCGCCUUCCUAGCAAGUCGCUUGGCAUCCAUGGCCGCUCAGUCUCCCUCUAGACGUGCCAAAGCGGUGCCUGCAGAGUAUGCACACCUCUCAGCCCCAGUGCGAGCAGCAGACUUGCUCUCAAUUCAGAAGCACAUCCUCGCGGGAUUCUUACGGCUAAGAGGCGUGCAGCACAACGGCCUUGGCGAGUAUACCUUUAUCUUUGCAGUGCAAAUGCAGCUUGGUCAGCGUCUAGCGUACUCCCGCUAUCGAGGCUCUGUGCCGCAGGGAUCUCGGGGAACGGCGGUUGGUUUCGCCUCGCAGCUUGGCAAGUGCAGAAUCGAGUGCGAUUGGUGUCAGCCUGGCAGGUAUGCAGACGUUGCUGAAGGAAACGCAGCAAGCAGCAGCGCACGGCCUGCUUCGCCUUUCUCUGUCAAGGGGUCUAUCAAUUUUGCCCCCUUCUUCCUUCGCCUUACACCGCGGAAACGCUUGGAUUUGACUGCAGCUGCUCCCGAGACUGCGACACUUCGCUCAGAGAGAGACGCUCAACGCAUCCUUUCGCAGCUCAAUACGCAGGAUAAGCUCGACCUUUUCCAGCAACAAAUGGCGUAUCUUGACGACGUUUGCAUCGAAGUGCUGCUAGAUGAGUCGUGCCUCGGGGCAUCUGACGGAGACGGCCGAAUCAGCGCGCUUCGCAUGCUAAGGGCUCCUGCUAGCCAAUGGUUGCCUCUCUGCGUUGGCGAAUUGCAGAGCAUUGCACGAUCCAAGAGUGCUUGCAGCUCUGCCUUCGCCACUGCAGUUUGUGGGGAUUAA